AUGCCCUCACCAGAUUAUAUAUACACAGGGUCUUUACUGCUCGGUCAAGACAACGUAUGGAACGGCCAAGACAGCAUCACAGGUUUAUGCUUGUACACAGACAAUUCAUCUGAAAAGAGUCAGAUCCGUGAUGCCAGCUUUCAAUUGAAAGCAAUUACUCAUCUAACGGCCAUCAAACUAUACACCUUUAGAUCAGAGCGCUACAAAGUCGCACCAUUGAAUGAGAAAAGUAAAUUGGGUGAUUUUUUGGCAGAAGUGUUUAAUGAAGAGUUCAAUUUGUCUGGUACAACAAGGAGUGCUUUAAUCAUUCACAUGAGCGAUCCUCAAAACAAGCAAGAGAAGGCGCACCAAGUGAGCCUAGUGUUGUAUGGAGAGAGAGCAGAAGCUGAACCAUCUAUAUCAGUUUAUGCGCACCCAAUGUACGAUGACAACAGUUACCUUCCUGCGUAUGAAAUCACAGACAUUCCAGAUGAUAUAAAGCAGGCUGAUAUGGCAGUUUUAUGCGAAAUUUUUGGAACAGAUCAUGAAUUCAAAUCGGAAGAGAUGAUGUCUUCAAUGGACAUUGUGGGACCUAAAAAUCGGUACACAGAAGAGGAGAUGAUGACACUUUUGGCAUCGAAGCCAUCCCAACAGGACACUUCUUCAGAUAUCAUCAAAUCAGCAAUAACAGCUCGCAAAGAAACACAUAAACGCAGAUAUAAUAUACCAGAAAAGAAAAGCAGCAGAUCAUUGAAAUCUGUACCCUCUAAAUAUAUUCCAUCCAAACCAGCAGCCGCAUCACCAUCGUCAUCCAACUCAACCAGCCGUCAAGUAGAGUACAAGAAGAAUUUGAUCCGAAAAGCAAUUGUGAAAGAGUUUAAUAAGCAAGGGAUGCAAGCUGAAACGUCUAGAGAAAUCUUUCAAUUAGCAUAUACCCUCGUUAGACAUUGCUCUAGACAUAUCAUUGAAUCAGCUCAAGAACUCAAUCCAGACGACUUGAGUUUGCUUGUCAAGUUGAACGUAGAUCACUUGAUUAAUAUGGAGACCAUGUCCAGAUUGUACUUGAAGUAG